UUCUUUACCGUCCUCGUCUCUCACCAUCGCGGACUGACAAAAAAUAAUCAAUUUUAAAUAAAUAGCUCCGAGUGUCUGCAAUCAACUGCAUUUUAUUCCAACCUCAAGGACCAGCCUCGUAACUAUUAAAUAAAAUAUAAAGUACAUAAUUAAUCAUAAUAUUUACUAUCGAGUCGUACGUGAAUAAAAUUUUUAAUUGGUUAUAUAAAAAUAUAACGUAAUAUCUCGACGAGUGCUAAUGCGUGGCAUUUCAGAAAGUUCUCCAAGUCGAACAAUGGCCGAUGACUUGGAUGUAGAAGCGAUGCUGGAGGCUCCCUAUAAAAAAGGGGAGCAGGACUCCUCAUCCAAAGACAAGUCCAGGGAGAAUGGGUCAAGCAGAACAUCAUCUAGGAAGAACAAACAUAGAUCACGAUCGCGUUCUCGGUCGCGGGAUCGGCGAGAUCGCCGCGAUCGGGAGAAAGACCGGGACAAGACCAAGGACCGCGAUCGCGACCGUGACCGUGACCGAGAACGGGACCGAGACCGGGACCGAGAUCGUGGGGACAGGGGAGACAGAGAUCGCGAGCGGGACCGAGAAAAAGACAGAGAGCGGGAGCGGGAACGCGAGCGAGACCGCGAAAGAGACAAAAGACGCAGGUCCAGGUCGAAGGACAAGAAGGACCGAGAGCCAGAGCCUGACAAGGAUCGGGACCGCGAGCGCGAUCGACGAGAAAGAGAAAUACGUGAUCGAAGAAGAAAGAGAUCUUUGACUCCAAUCACUUUGCCUAGAGCACGGCCUUUUGGAAAAGGAGUCAGUCCUUUGGGAUUGAGGAACGAUGAGUUGACCCCAGAAGAACGCGACGCACGCACAGUAUUCUGUAUGCAAUUGAGCCAACGCAUCAGAGCACGUGAUCUCGAGGAAUUUUUCUCGAGCGUUGGUAAAGUUCAAGACGUCCGACUUAUCACGUGCAACAAAACGCGCAGAUUCAAAGGAAUUGCUUAUGUAGAGUUCAAAGAUCCCGAGAGUGUAACUCUAGCUCUCGGGCUGUCUGGCCAAAAGCUCCUGGGAGUUCCCAUCGUCGUACAACACACUCAGGCCGAGAAGAAUCGCAUGGGAAAUUCAAUGCCAAAUUUAAUGCCUAAAGGACAAACCGGGCCUAUGAGACUCUACGUCGGGUCUCUGCAUUUCAACAUCACCGAAGACAUGCUCCGCGGAAUCUUCGAACCCUUCGGCAAGAUCGACAACAUCCAGCUGAUAAUGGACCCCGAGACUGGUCGCAGCAAAGGCUACGGCUUCUUGACCUUCAGAAAUUCAGACGAUGCCAAGAAGGCACUGGAACAGUUGAACGGCUUCGAACUCGCCGGUAGACCCAUGAAAGUUGGCAACGUCACCGAGAGAACGGAUCUGAUGCAAGGAAAUUCACUUCUGGACACCGACGAACUGGAUCGCAGUGGUAUCGAUCUCGGCGCCACUGGAAGGUUGCAGCUGAUGUUCAAAUUAGCUGAAGGAACCGGUCUAGAGAUACCACCAGCUGCUGCUAAUGCGCUGAACAUGGCACCUGCACUCACUGCACCUCAGCCAGCUCAGCAACCGGCACCUCCUAUCGCCACUCAAUGUUUCAUGCUCUCCAACAUGUUUGACCCACAAAACGAGUCAAAUCCAAAUUGGGCGCGCGAGAUCCGCGACGACGUAAUUGAAGAGUGCAACAAACACGGCGGAGUGUUGCACGUGUACUUGGACCAAGCCUCGCCUCAGGGCAACGUCUACGUAAAAUGCCCGUCAAUAGCAACAGCUGUCGCGGCAGUUAAUUCACUGCACGGUCGGUGGUUCGCUGGUCGUGUCAUAACAGCCGCUUAUGUGCCUCUCGUUAAUUAUCACUCUCUAUUCCCCGACGCCAUGACAGCUCUCCAGUUACUCACCCCCAGUGCGCCAAGAAGAGGGAUUUGAUCUAAAGAAUGAUAAAAUUUUUCUUCACUUCAGGCUCUGUCUUAAAUUAUUAUCAUUUUUUAUUAUUUUCUUAAACAAUUGUUCUGUCAGAACAAUCCGCUACCUUUGAAUGUUCAUAUUAUCCUUAACAACAUUAUUGUGAUGACUACCGGGUCAGUUGGUUAUCAAAUGUUAUCAGUAUGUUACUAUUAGUUAUUAAUUACUACUAUUAUUAUUAUUUUUAAUCUUAAUGCAUAAACGUAUUACAUAGAGAGCGUUUUAGUAUCGUACAAUUAGCCAUUCAUUAUUUAAAUUUAUAAAAUUAAUUGUUAUAUUUUUUUUAAUAAUUAUAAAUUUAAAU